UCGACUUAAAGUGUUCGAUGAAGAAAUCAGAGAAACUGAAGAGGUUAAUAAGGACGCUAAACUGGAGUUGUACUCUUUGGUAGGAACAGCAGCUUUUCAUCCCACAUACGAUGUCAUCACGACAGGUGAUGGAGCAUCUAAACCAUUCAAGGUUAGUUGUGUAAUGGGGGAUGAAGUUCUAGGAACAGCGGUUGCACCCGGUUUGAAAGAAGCAGGUUUAAGAGCUGCUAUGGUUGCAUUGAAAAACAAACCAAUGCUUGAAAAAUAUAUUCAAUUGAGACUCAAUACCGACAAGACGCAGUCCAUCGUUAGUCACAAACAGGGUUCUCCAAUGGAAUUGGAGACAACUACGUUGGUUGACCCAGAUAUUCAAUUGCCCUUGAAAGCCGAGAAAGAUAUGGAAUUCGAUAGUGAUGCAAGAAACAAGUUGUAUGCCAUAGUAUCCAAGAAAUUCAAUUUGGUUCCAGAGUACUAUUGUGAAGAAACCGAAGAUCGGUUAUUUACAGCAGAAUUAAGAAUUGAUAACAAAGCCAUUGCAUUUGCAACCGACAUUUCCAAGAAAAAAGCCAUGGCCAAAGCAGCGAAAUUGGCAUUAGACACUCCUGCUGUGUUUUGGAACCUCCACAGUUGAGGUCAAACAAUUGGAUAUAUACCCUUUGCAACCAUGUCUAUAUACGAUUUGUAUUUAUAAAGCAUAUAUACUGAUAGCUGAAGCCUCACCGCAGUAGGAUAUAAUCUUAAUUCCGCUUGGAGCCGCAUAAAACCCGAACACAAACCCGCAGAGCCGUAAGGCCCUUCAGUAUAAAAACUGUUAUCAAGCACUGUUCAUCAACAACCACCAUGAAAUUAUCUGUUGCUUUAGUCCAAUUGGCCUUAGCGGUUGUGGCAAUUGGUUUUCCUACGUUUGAACAGAAUGUGUUCUCCAACAAACAUCAAGUGUUGUUAGAUAACCCCCAAGUCUUGCAGGAAUAUCACACUCUCAAAAGCAACUUCCCAGGAGCCGAGGAGGGUUUUGGCAUUGAAAACAUUGAACAGGCGUGGAAGCAUCUACUUCAUGAAGUUUCUGUGCCUGAAUUGGAAAAGUAUUUCAAGAAGGCCGAAUAUGCUAAGAAAGUUUCUGAUGCAAACCCCUUCAAUGUUUUUGCAACCCCCAAGAUUGACACUGAACAAUUUGAAGUUGUGAGUCAUGAAGACCAUUCAAACCACCAAUUGAGAAUCAAGAAAACCGAUCCUUACUCCUUGGGGUUGGACACAGUUCAGCAGUAUGUUGGUUAUAUGGAUGUAAGAGAUGUUGAUAAACACUUCUUCUACUGGUUUUUCGAGUCGAGAAACGACCCUAAAAGUGACCCAGUGGUUUUGUGGAUCAAUGGAGGCCCUGGAUGUUCUUCUGAAGGAGGAUUGUUAUUUGAAUUGGGUCCUUCAUUCAUUGAUGUGAACUUGAAACCGGUUUUCAAUCCAUACUCCUGGAACUCUAAUGCUUCGGUAAUAUUUUUAGACCAACCGGUCGGGACUGGAUACUCGUAUGCUGGAAAUGAAGAUGUUGCAACUUCCACCGAUGCGGCCAAGGACGUCUAUGUGUUUUUGGAAUUGUUCUUCCAAAAGUUCCCACAGUUCCUCGGAAAUAAGUUCCAUGUUUCUGGAGAGUCUUAUGCUGGACACUAUAUCCCCAGAAUUGGAGCUGAAAUCAUAAGUCACCCUGAGAGAUCCUUUGAGCUUUCAUCUCUCUUGAUUGGAAAUGGUUAUGUUGAUGCGUAUUUUCAGCAGCUGUAUGACCAAAAAAUGCUUUGUGGUGAAGGUGGAAUCGAUGUGAUUACAGAAGAAGAAUGUGAACAGAUGGACCAGUACUUAAAACCAUGUUUGGCAUUUCAAGGAGUUUGUGAGGUAACUGGAAGUGCUCUUGCUUGUGUUCCUUCGAUAUACUAUUGUGCAAUGGCUUAUGAUCCUUUAACCAAAUUGAACUUAAAUCCUUAUGAUUUGAGAAGACCCUGUGAAACUGAAGGACUUUGCUACAACGAAAUAGACUACAUGUCCGACUUCAUGAAUCUCAACUCCACCAAAGAAGCUGCUGGUGUGCCUUCUGAUUUAACUUUUGGUAUGUGUAAUCAUGAAGUUGGAAAGAGAUUUAAUGACAAGCAUGAUGGUAUUGUGCCUUUCCAAACGUACAUCGGUGAAGUAUUGGACUAUGGAAUCCCGGUUUUGCACUACGCUGGUGACAAAGAUUUUGUGUGCCAUUGGUUGGGAUACAAUGCUGUAUCUAAUACUGUGAAGUACAAAAAUCAAGCAAAUUUUACUGAAGCUGAGUUUAAACCUUGGGUUUCUAAGUCUGGGAAGGAAAUUGGACAAGUUAGAGGUUUCGAUAAGUUUACUUUCUUGAGAGUUUAUGAUGCUGGACAUAUGGUGCCCCACGAUCAGCCUGAAGUUGCUUAUGAAAUGCUUGAAACUUGGUUAUCUGGGGAUUAUUCGUUUGGAUAUUAAGAAGAUAAACUGUGAAAUUUGUAGCAAUUGAAAAGUUCUUUUUUCGCUGACCAACUACUAGUCGGCGAAGCAUCUCAAUAUAAGUCAGUGAUUAGUCUUAUCUGUCAAAACGUAGUAAAGCUAGAAUUCCACUAAGUCCGAAAUGAGAAACCCCACCCAAGCCGCAUAAACCCGUGCUUACUUGAAAGUCAAUUGCGUUCUGUACAAGAAGGUCCCAGCUUAUAUACAAAAAAAUCUCAUAGAAAGUAAACUAACAUUUGGAUGAUUUCAAGAUCCGCAAACUGAAGAGUUUUUCAUUAUCCCCAUAUGUUGUAAUUAAUAUCUACUUUUUGACAGCACGAAUACUUUA